AUGUCUGUCAUAUUGGAUGUUGAGGUGCCAAAUGCCAAUGAUGGAGCUACUACAAUGUGCACACGUCACAGGAGGAUACGGUUGAAGCCUUCAAUCUCAAUUCUCUACUUUGUCCCACCUGCAACUGUCUCUCUCUCUUCCUGCUCUGGAAUUUUUGGUGAUGUGCAGUGGAGAAGUAGAACCCAGGAAGGGGACUCCAUGGAUUUGCUGAACCUGACAUUCGUAGUUAGUUUAGCAGCUUUACUUUCCCUCGUCUGUUGCUCCUACCCUGUCUCGGCAGGGGAUAUAGUUCAUCAUGACGCUUUAGCUCCAAAGAAGCCUGGCUGCGAGAAUGACUUCAUCUUGGUGAAAGUUCAAACUUGGGUGAACGGCGAAGAGGAUGCUGAAUUUGUAGGUGUAGGUGCUAGAUUUGGCACUGUCAUUGUGUCCAAGGAGAAAAAUGCUAACCAGACUCGCCUUUCGCUUUCAGAUCCCCGAGACUGCUGUAAACCACCUAAGAACAAGCUUGUUGGAGAUGUAAUCAUGGUUGACAGAGGCGGUUGCAAGUUUACUGAAAAAGCCAAUAAUGCUGAGGGUGCUGGUGCUUCUGCUAUCCUUAUUAUAAACAACCAAAAAGAACUUUAUAAGAUGGUCUGCGAACCCGAUGAAACAGAUCUAGAUAUUCACAUACCUGCUGUUAUGCUGCCCCAGGAUGCUGGUGUGACAUUGGAAAAAAUGCUAUUGACUAAUGAUUCAGUAUCUGUUCAGCUUUACUCUCCUAAGAGGCCUCUAGUUGAUAUAGCUGAGGUCUUCCUAUGGUUGAUGGCUGUCGGCACUAUCUUAUGUGCUUCCUAUUGGUCAGCUUGGAGUGCCAGAGAAGCUGCUACCGAGCAGGAUAAGCUAUUGAAGGAUGCUGCAGAAGAAUUUCCCAACAGAAGAUCUGAUAUCAGUAGUGUUGUAGACAUUAGUACAACCACUGCUGUGUUGUUCGUUGUGAUUGCUUCAUGCUUCUUGGUCUUACUUUACAAACUUAUGUCAUACUGGUUCAUUGAGCUUUUGGUAGUUCUUUUCUGCAUAGGUGGGGUAGAGGGUCUGCAAACUUGUUUGGUUGCUUUGUUGUCAAGGUAUUUCAUGCGUGCUGCGGAGUCAUUCAUCAAAGUGCCAGUUCUGGGAGCGAUCUCAUACCUAACAUUGGCUGUGUCCCCAUUAUGCAUUACUUUUGCUGUAGUCUGGGCUGUUUAUCGGAAUACUACCUAUGCUUGGAUAGGGCAAGAUAUUCUUGGGAUUGCUCUGAUACUCACCGUUCUUCAGAUUGUCCAUGUGCCCAAUCUCAAGGUUGGUACUGUUCUUCUCAGUUGUGGGUUCUUAUACGACAUCUUCUGGGUUUUUGUCUCUAAGAAGCUGUUCCACGAGAGCGUAAUGAUUGUGGUAGCUCGUGGUGAUAAGAGUGGAGAGGAUGGCAUCCCAAUGCUGUUAAAGAUACCUCGUCUCUUUGACCCUUGGGGUGGUUACAGCAUUAUAGGAUUUGGUGACAUACUUCUACCUGGAUUACUUGUAGCGUUUGCAAUCAGGUACGAUUGGUUGGCGAACAAGAGUCUGAGAGCUGGAUACUUCUUGUAUGCCAUGUUGGCUUAUGGACUAGGCCUUCUGAUUACAUACGUUGCACUAAACUUGAUGGACGGGCAUGGCCAGCCGGCUCUUCUCUACAUUGUUCCUUUCACCCUAGGAACAUUUUUGGCACUGGGAAAGAUGAGAGGCGAUCUUACCGUUCUAUGGACGCAAGGCCAACCGGAGAGACAUUGCACUCACGUCCAUCUCCAACAGAGCGAUGAAGCAGAUGGUGGCGAAGAAAGGUGA